GAGAGGAGACAGGCCUGAAAAAGGCCACAAAAUAUCUCCUCUCACACCAGAUCCAAUCCUCCGCCAUCAAAAAGCUUCUCAAUUUUGACAAACUUUUGACACCCAUCACUUUUUACUGCUAAAUUUUCAUUUUUUUCCUUCUGGGUCUUUGUGAAUCUUUAUGCAUAUUCAAUUCAUCGUUUACUUUUCACCUGAUUGUCGUCUUCCGAGGGGUCAGCGGAUAUUUUUCAAGCCUUCCAUUCUCUGAUAAGGCCACAGCCUUCUUCUCAUGGUUGUAUCACAAACGAGGCCACAGCUUUCCUCCAUAACUCUCGAUUGCUUUUCAUCCAUUAAUUUCCCAUUGAUAGAUCGCCAGAAUCAAGAGGAUCAAAAGAACAGCAGAAUGAGGGAAGUGCAGCUUGGUUCACACACUUUAAGAUCCCAUGGAGUCACCGUCGCGAGGAUACACAUGCACGAUUGGUUUAUAUUUCUUUUUCUUGUGCUGAUUGAGGUCAUCCUAUAUUUGAUACAUCCAUUUUAUCGCUAUGUUGGGAAGGACAUGAUGACUGAUCUCAAAUAUCCCUUCAAAGAUAAUACUGUUCCUGUCUGGGCUGUACCCAUGUAUGCAAUGCUGUUGCCAAUAGCAGUUUUUCUGUUUGUGUAUUGGCGUAGAAGGGACGUCUAUGAUCUUCAUCAUGCCAUACUAGGUCUCUUUUACUCUGUCUUAAUAACAGCAGUCAUUACUGAUGCAAUAAAAAAUGCAGUGGGACGACCUCGACCGAACUUCUUUUGGCGUUGUUUUCCUGAUGGGAAAGAUGUGUAUGAUCAAUUAGGCAAUGUUAUAUGUCAUGGGGAUGCGGAUGUUAUCAAGGAAGGGCAUAAGAGCUUUCCAAGUGGGCAUACUUCAUGGUCUUUCUCUGGUCUCGGCUUCCUUUCGUUGUACUUAUCAGGAAAAAUACAAGUAUUCGAUCAGCGAGGUCACAUUGCAAAACUCUGCAUUGUUUUUCUUCCCCUGCUUUUCGCAGCUCUCGUCGGUGUUUCUCGAGUGGAUGAUUACUGGCACCAUUGGCAAGAUGUGUUUGCUGGAGGUCUGCUCGGGCUUGUAAUAUCUACCUUCUGCUACUUGCAAUUCUUUCCACCUCCAUACCACUCUCAAGGUUGGGGACCAUAUGCAUACUUUAGAGUGUUGGAGACGCUUGCCAAUCCUCCACCAGCGUCGAAUGCGAUAAUUGUUGUGCAGAAUGAGCAGGACAUCGAAAGGCAGGUUGAGAACGAGGUGGAUGAGCGAAACAACGAUAGAUUUCUGGGACUGUCGAUUGAUUCCAAUUCUCGUUCGACAACACAGGAAACCGAAACUGAGACGAAAUAAGUGGUUGCAUAUACGUUGCUUUGGAGGCUUGAAAAUACUUUGCUGCACCUUCCAUAUGGCACAGCAUUGCUUGUAUGUUUGUGGUUCUUCUUAGGCUAAUAAUUAUAUGAUACAACUUUUGUACAGCAGGUUUUUCUAUGGUUUAAUUAUAUAAUCAUGGUUCAUUGUUACCCUGUAAACAACUCAUUUUGGCUCUAAUUUUGACCAAAGCUGAUGCUAAAACCAACUUUAUUUUUGUUUCUUUUUAAUAUUCAGAUCUACUACCUAAUUGUAAUUGGACAAAUUGAUAUGUUGGUCAGUUUCUUGAA